CGCGCCGCGCGCUCCUGAGCACUCGUGCAACUCGGCUACUGUAAUCUUAUGAUAGAGCCUCGAACCCCAUUCCUGAAUAUCUACACAUCGGGCAGACUGCGACCGGCUCGGGAUAGGGAAAGUUCAUGCAAGGAUACCGUCAGUAAGGGCCGAAACUUGCAAGGAGAAGCCGCGUUUUGUUGAACAACAAGCGCGAGUGAGAGAAUAAAAAGAAACUGUGUGAAGAAGAAGAAGAAACUUUUUCAAACUUUGAGGAGAGCGGUGUGAAGAUUUGAAAAACAACCCUGGACCACCACAACGGUACUUAUCAAAGUCUAGCCGGUCGAUACCUAUUCAAACACGACCCAGUUACGUUAUCUGUUGGUGUGUAAGUGCGCCCCACUGUUGACUGGACUGGAGUUUUGUAGACUAGAUUCACUGUCGGUCCUCGGGUCGACUCCCGAUCCCGCUGGCUCGCGCAUCUCAGUCUCUCAGCCCAGUCGCCAUUAUUUUGUGUGACUUUUUGUUAAAGUUUUCAUAACGUGGUUUUCUCUCACCAACAAAGUCAUGGUUGGGGAGACAGAGGUAAAAGAGAGACCAAAGUCCAGCCCGGACUACCUAAUGCAGCUCAUGAAUGAUCGGAAGGUGAUGAGUUCCCUCCCCAACUUCAGCGGCAUCUUCACGCACCUGGAGCGGCUUCUGGAUGAAGAGAUCGGCCGCGUACGCAAGGACAUGUACAUCGACACGAUGAGCGCGGGCCCUUCGGACGGCCGUGACAGCGAGGAGCUGCCCGACGGCAUCGGCCCCGUGGCCCAGCUGCAGGAGAAGCUGUACGUGCCGGUGAAGGAGUACCCGGAUUUCAACUUUGUGGGAAGGAUCCUGGGGCCACGCGGCCUCACCGCCAAACAGCUGGAGGCUGAGACCGGCUGCAAGAUCAUGGUCCGAGGGAAGGGCUCCAUGAGGGACAAGAAGAAGGAAGAAAUGAACAGAGGCAAGCCCAACUGGGAGCACCUCAGUGAAGAGCUCCAUGUGCUGAUCACGGUGGAGGACACGCACAACCGCGCCCAGAUCAAACUCACGAGGGCCACGGCAGAGGUCAAGAAGCUGCUGGUGCCUGCUGUGAGUAGACCCCCGCCGACACCGAGCCCAGGGCAACACCCAGCCCCGAGUAGCACCUACCUGAGUGUCCUUGCGUUUUCCUGCGUAUAUCUUUGUGCGUCUGCGUCUGCAAAUGUAUGUGUGUGUGGGUGUGUGUGUAGGCCGAGGGCGGACAGCCUAAAGAAGAUGCAGCUGAUGGAGCUGGCCAUCCUGAAUGGAACCUACAGAGAUGCCAAUCUCAAGCAACCCACAAUGGCGUUCUCCCUAGCGUCGCCUCAGGCCCGUCAAAUCAUCACCCAGCACCCCUCGCAAGUCAUGCAGCAGGCCCUCCGAAACCCCUCCCCCAUGAACGGGCCCACCCUGAUGCCCCUCCUCCGUCAGAUCCAGAGCUCCGCCCUCAUGCAGGGGGGCAGUCCGCACCCGGCGCUGAUGCAGCAGGGGCCCGAGUCCGGCAUCAUCUACACGCCCUACGAGUACCCCUACACCCUCACGCCCUCCAUACUGGAGUACCCCAUGGACACCAGCGGAGUAUUAGGUGCCAUGACCACUAAGGUACGACGCCACGACAUGAGAAUCCAUCCUUACCAAAGGGUAAUGACCACAGACAGAGCUGCCACGGCAACUAACCCAUGACCCUUGACCUUCUGACCUUUCUGCCCACUGAUGACCCACCCAUCUCUGCCUGCUGGGCGUUUUCAUUGGCCAAUGGCCCUGCCACUCGCCCCGACAUCCCAACUAGAGACCAGCAUAAUGGGAACAACGUGCCGGCUCCUUUCUAACCAGCCAACCCUCAAGGACUUCAUGGGAAUGAACCUCUAAGGAACCGACUCACCCUAACCAAAUGUGCCUUCCUUCCGAAAGUCCACCCUCCAACUGUUGAUCCAGAAAUCUGUCACCUUUGGUGUAAAAAAAACAAAAAGCAAUUGUUUUUCCAAUCGUCUCUGUUUAUGACCGUAGGUCUCCAUGGUGACCCGUCAUAAUCAAGUGCAGGGCCUCCACGCUUCCAAGCUUCUGUAAAAACGUUUUCUGUUUUCACCCUGAUCAGGAGAUUUAACGCUACCCUCUGAUUUGCACUCAACUGUCGUUACUCCCAAUGAUGAAAUUGACAAUAUUAACAGAAACAAUAACCUUACUGAAAAUGUUACUUAUUUAUGAAAGUUAAACCAGCAACACUACGGGAUAUUUCUGAUGUUUUGGAUGUUUUUUAUUUUGUAUUACUCAGGACCAUAGCACCUACCAUUGGUCUCUACAUAUGUUUUGAAUCUACGACAAAAUAAUUGACUGUUAGCAUACGUUGCCUUUCCCAUUGAUAUUAGGCUUUUCAAGAAAGUGCUAUCGUUUGAAUAUGCUAUCAAACUGUUUUGUGAUUAUGCUAGCGCCUAGUGCAGCACCUUUCCAACACACUGUGAUAGGAGUUUCAGAAAAGAGAAAGAAAGUAUACAAAAGGUUUCCCUAAAUAAGCACUCCUAAGUAAGAACAACUACUACCAGAAUGCAUCUCUGUCCCCUUUCACAAAUCUCACUUCUUAUUUUAGGGCAUACAAUGACAAAACUUCAGAUUCUGUACACAACAUUUGAUAGGUCUUGCACAAAUGUAUGCUUCCACUGCCUUGGUCACACACACAUACACACACACACAUUUACACACACUAGGUGUAUAUAACAGUCCAAUUUGUGAUGAUUUGGUAGCGUCAGUAUUUCUAUAACAAUGACGCCUUUGACAUUAUCGUACUAAAUUGUACUAGCCUGAGCAACAGUGCCUCUAUUUAUGAACAGGGAUGGAAAAAUGUUACAUGUAGAUGUGUUUUUACACUACAUGAGUUUCAUGUGCAUCGUGAAAGAGAUAGUAUUGCGUUUCAAUGCAAGUUAAUUGGAUUAAAGUACGCAUUUAGUUACAGCCUCACUAUCUAACUAUUUUGGUUGCCUACAUUACAAAAGAUGUCAUUAUCUCAGUGCCAAAAUGGAUCAAUGGAUGGGUUUACUGCAGUAUUUACACAGCUGCCUUAUCAAUAUGUGUCAUUGAGCUGCAGUUAAAAACAUGUUCAGUGGACCUGGGGCCUCUUUGGAUCAGUAUUAUAUUUGAGUUAUUUUUAAUGGAUUUGUGUUGUGUAAUUUGUUUGCUUUGUCUAUAGGAGAUAGACAUGUCUGGAUGCUUAUUUUGCAUGUGUAUCCACUUUUCAGAGACGCAAAAAAAACGUGCUUUGGUUCCGGUUGUGUUUUCUCUUGUAAGGGACGCCCUUCUCGUCCCAUUCAAUGCACAAAAAGCCAACCGAUGCCUGAAAUAAGUCAGAGUCAUUGCGUAACAUCUGUAACAACUACAUCAUGUAUUUUUAUAUUCUAUUUUGUACGUGAAAAUGACAUUAAAUUAACUUUUUUCCUACAAAAACUAUAUGCCCUAUAAUGGAGAAUAAUUUGAUAGCCAUUACUGUUUUUCUUUUUUGUUGUAUCCUUCAUCUCUUCGACUGUUGAGUGGUUCAGGAGUUCUCCGUGACCUCGCACUGUGCCCACUGUCCUGAUAUACUGGAGGUCUUUCUGAUCGGUCGCUUCCCCCUUGUGCCUUUUGUAUGUAAGUGUGAUCAUUAACAAUGCAGUAUGGAACAUUAAUCUACCUUGGAGCCACAUGUUCGAUACAACUAACCAUGUUUCUUCACUUCUGUGACUAUUAACCAAGAUAAUGAUAGCUGUCUGCUUUGGUUUCCUUUAAGAUUCAAAUUGUGUGUGUGUG